UUUGUUUUUGCCGGGAGAGGUCGCAUGCUUUAGCACAGCGUUGUCUUGCGAGGCAGAAAGAAACAGCCUCGAACAGUCAUGUAACAACAACUAUAACUUCAUCCAGCAAAAGAAAAACAUUGAGAAACAUCAUCCAUGCGGUUAUAAAUGCGCAUUUCAUUUUCGCUUUUGGCAACGGGAACUCUAGUUUCGACUCGUCGAGAGAACCAGCCCGAACAUAGAAGAGCUGCAUAGACCCGACCGUGUCUGAGGCAGUGAUGCAGUCCUGCCUCAUGGACCGAAGCAGCAGCUUUUUUAAGCUGAUAGACACAUUCUCCUCUGAGAUCUCGAAGCUAAAGCAGGAGAUGGUCCAGCCAGCCAGAAAACCAGAGACUGAGAUCUUACAAGGGCUGGAAGGAGAGGUCAGCGGCCUAUUCCUGCAAUCUACAGCCUGCGCUGGUACGCCUGGAGUGAGGGAUUCUGGGUAUGACUCUCUGCGCAGACGCUUGAGCAUCCUAGACAGACUGAUGCAGACGCACUCUAUAUGGCUGCUGCUGUCACUCAACGAGGAGGAAGCCAGACGCGUUCUGCAGCUGCAGCCGGCCGGGACUUUUGUGGUGAGACGGUGUCCUAAACUACAGAAAAAGGUGAUUUCCCUGCGGAUGGAUAAUGACAUAUGCCCUGUUCGGAACUUCCCAGUUAAAGAGAGUCAAUACACCUUUUCCCUGGAGGGCUCAGGGAUAAGCUUCGCAGACCUCUUUCGGCUGGUGGCUUUCUGCUGUAUCAGCAGGGAUGUUCUCCCCUUCACCCUGAAGCUUCCAGAGGCCAUCAGUGCAGCAAAGACACCCACCGAUUUAGAGCAGGUGGCUCAAUUAGGAAAAGGUUUCUGGGACUCUGAUCUGUGCUCUACGUGGAAGUUAUCUGCUAUCGGAGAGCCUGUUCUUGAAAGUUCGCAACAGACAUUAAAACAGUUUUCCCCUGAACAAAGCCUCCCAUGGAUCCCACGGACUCGUACUCCGUCCCAGCUUGAAUGCAGUCAAUCCAACGGAGCAUUGUGCUUCAUCAAUCCCCUCUUCCUGCAGAUACACCAGACCAACCCAUCACCCAAGAAUCCAGAAACAUCAACAUCCCCGGGAAACAAAGAGCUCCAGGAAAACAGAGAGAGUACAUCACGUUCCCCGCCACCUCGCCCCCCACCUCCCCGGUUCAGCUCCAGAAGAUCAGGCCUUCGUAGACAAAAGACCAUGCCCGAGACAGUUUCUUGGAUCAAAACGCCUCAGGAAAAGAGCAGCCUGCUGGGGAGGUUAGGUUCCUCCAUGAAUUCCUUAUCGUCCUCUCCACCCAAAAUAUUCAGCAAACCCAUCCCAGUGCCCUCGUCUCAAAGUAAGAAUUCUUCCACCUUGCUCGAUGCAGACAGUAUCCGCUGCCAAAUGGCCCUGGACGAUCAUACCAUUGAGGAAGCAGUGUCUUGGAGUCUCGCCAAGGUGUCAAUGCGCAACUCCAAUGCUACAGAGAACAGCAGCCCGGCAGACGAGCACAGCCCCACUGGACGAGAGCGGCUGAGCGACAUCAGCAUCUCCACCUCGUCCUCAGACUCUCUUGACUUCACUCACAGCUUCUCGCUGCCUGUGGAAGCCACCUCCCCCGGAACCGACCGUCCCACCGGCGACAGCAGCCUGGAUGAAGAAGAGGACGAUGGCAUCAAUGUGGAGAGUGACCAGGAGGUUCCGCCACCUCUGAAGUCAAAGAAGCAGCACAAUGCCGGCACUUUUGUGCUGCCACGUGCACUGAGAGGACGUUUGCGCAAGGUGAGCGGCGUUUUCAAUUCUUUGAUGACGCCUGAAAAAAGAGCCAUUCGGAAGAUCGUGGAGCAGUCCAGGGAUAAAGGAACUUACUUCGGCUGCCUGGUGCAGGACUAUGUGAGCUUCCUGCAGGAGAACGGCGGAUGCCACACGUCAGGCUCAGAUCUGCUGCAAACUCUAAGACAGUUUAUGACACAGAUGAAAUCCUACCUUCUACAGAGCUCUGAGCUUGAUCCACCUAUUGAAUCCCUCAUUCCAGAAGAUCAGAUAGACCAAGUGAUGGAAAAAGCCAUGCACAAGUGUGUGCUGAAACCCCUGAAGUCUGUAAUAGAGGACGCCCUGAAGGACUUCCAGGUGAGCAGUGGAACUUGGCAGCAGCUGAAAGAGAAUCUGGUUUUGGCCAAAACAAAGGAGCCCCAGGAGAUGGGAGUGGAAGGGGCUUUUCCUCCCGACUCUGUCGCUAUAGAGAAAAUUCGUCACAAGUUCCAGAACAUGUGCAAGAUGUAUUCGCCGGAGAAGAAGGUGUCUUUGCUUCUCAUUGUUUGCAAACUUAUAUACACCAUUAUGGAAAACAACUCAGGGAGGAUGUACGGCGCAGAUGACUUCCUGCCCAUGCUAACGUAUGUGAUGGCCCAGUGUGACAUGCCACAUCUAGAUAAUGAAAUUGAGUACAUGAUGGAGCUACUUGACCCAUCACUGCUUAAUGGAGAAGGUGGCUAUUACCUCACCAGUGCAUAUGGAGCAAUGUCUCUCAUCAAGAACUUCCAGGAGGACCAGGCUGCCCGUGUGCUGAGCUCAGAAACCCGUAACACACUGCACCAGUGGCACCGCAGACGCACUGCCCAGCGAACCACUCCAUCUGUAGAUGAUUUUCAGAACUAUUUGCGGGUGGCACUGCAAGAUGCAAGUAAUGGCUGCACAGCCAAAACGCUUCAGGUGCAACCUUACGCCACAACGGAAGACGUGUGCCAGAUUUGCGCGGAAAGGUUUAAAGUUUCGGAUCCGGAGAAUUACUCGCUGUUCCUCUUGACAGACGAAACCACACAGCAGCUUACCCCAGACACUCACCCGCAGAGGAUCAAGGCCGAACUUCACAGCCGGCCACAGCCGCAACCAUUUUACUUUGUUUACGUCAAAUCCAAACCUCAGAUUGACUGAAACUUCGGACCAGCUUAAUGAUAAACCAGUGUCCAACUGAGAAAAAGUUCUCUCCAAACUCAUCAGCCUCAUUAUUCAUCUCCUUCCAUAGCAACACUGCCAAGGUCUGCAUUUCGAAGAGGGAAACAGAAAAUGUCUUUUGAGGGAAAUAGGGAAGGAAGAAUGUGUCUGACAGAUGCAGAGUUUUUUGUAAGCUCUGUCUUUACUAUUUCAAAAGUUUCGGGAAGUGGCACGCAACCAUCACAAGAGAAAAGCUGUACCCAUGCUGCGUAUUUGCUUUAAUAAUGCUCAAACUAAAACUUAUUCGUGUUGGUUGAGGAUAAGCAACGUUUGGUGUGUUUAUGGUAGAGCUCUGCACAUUCUCUAUGUUACCAGAUAGUUUUAUUGGAUUUUUCCCUUCCUAAAGCCCUGCAUCUCCCUCGCCUGUCUGUUUUGCUAUGAUUGGGGUGGUGUUUAAAUGCUUUGCAAAAUGUAAGGCACUGUGCUCAAUGCCUUAACUGGACAAAUUAUUGCACAAAGUGAAGAGGAUAUACUGAUAAACAUUCCGUCUUAUUUUCUAUUGUAAACCGGAUUCAUGAUAUUUUUGCAGUUGCUGGUAAACUGCAUUUCUAUAUUUGAUUUAUUGUUAUAGUAUUGCAUGUAUUUCUUUGAUGAUAUGACCAAACCAGGCUUUGUUGCCAAUGAUGUUUGUUGUUUUUGGAUGAAUUAUGAUCAAUCAGCCCCUAAAAUUCAUUAGUCUGUAAACUAAGUUUUAUGGUUGUAAUGGAAAUGGCGAUAUUGACUUCGUUCUAAAAUACUAUACUAUUGUUGUACUGACUUCCGUUCUGGCUUGCAGGUUUUCCAGAACAGACAAAGGGUUUUUGGCAUGUAGGGCACAUUGAAAGAUCAAGGUAAAGUGGGAGAAUAAAAACACUACUUUCAAAGUUCAAUUUGUUAACAUUAGUUAAUAUCAAAAAGGAUUGUUACUUCAUGCUCUUGCAUUAACUAAUGAUAAUAAAUUGAACUUUAUUGUAAAGUGUUACCGAAAAAAUGACAUAAAAGGAAGAAAAGGAAUAAUGCAAAAGAAAAUAUCAGCGAAAAGAAAUGAUUUGUUUUUGUUAAUGUAAAGUGCUAUCUUUAUAGAAAACCAGGAAAGAUGAGUUACAUGGAGAAUGCUUUACCUUCAUAACUAUACUCAUAACUACAAUAAUUUACCAAGUAUUUGAUUUCCUACUAAUGUACUUUAUAGGUGCAUGUUCGGUGUAAACUCUGGGCAUUUAAAGAGACUGAGCUGGAAUGCUCUGACCAUGUAAUGUUGAUAUAAAACACUAUACAUCUGAAACCUAAACUACAUGUUUCAAGUCUUGAAAUGUAUUUUUAAAAAGUGGUUUGUUUUAACAAGAUAUUUUAAGCCUGAUAAGUGUACACAUAUUUAUAUGUAAUCUGUGCGGGAAUUUAUCACAGAUUUUAAAGCUCUUGGUACACAUUUAUUGUGUAUUCAUCUGGAGUCAUUUCUUCAUAUUUGCCUUGAUAUGUACACUUUUGCGCACAAUAAAUUGUGUCCAAUGUUAA